CAUGGAUGCAUGAGAAACAGCUCAUCCCUAUUAACUCUGCACCUAAUAACAAAUCCAAAUCUCGCCAAAAUCUUAUCCCUUUUCAAAAUCUCUCUUUUAUAUACAUGUAGCUCUCCAUCUCAUUUCACACCAUCACUGGACGAGCAGUAAGUAAACACUCUGUGGAACAAUGGCCGCCGUCCUUCCCUUGCUCGCCGCCGCCCUCCUCGUCCUCUUCUCCGGCCUGCAUCCCGCCGCCUCCACCGCCGCCGCCGGCGGCGAGGCGGCCACCGUGGUUGUCAAGGCGGCGGCGGCCGUCUCCCGCACCGACGACAACUUCGUCUGCGCGACGCUCGACUGGUGGCCCAGGGACAAGUGCAACUACGGCAUGUGCCCCUGGUACAACGCCUCCAUCAUUAACCUGGAUCUGAACAACACUAUUCUGAACAAUGCUGUCAAAGCGUUCAACUCGCUUAGGAUUAGGCUCGGAGGGUCUCUUCAGGACCAGGUGACGUACAAAGUCGGCAGCAACUACGGCGAUUGCCGGAGCUUCCAGCGAGACGACGGCGGCCUCUUCGGCUUCACCGACGGCUGCCUUGAAAUGAACCGAUGGGACGAGCUCAACGUCUUCUUCAAAAGAACCAACACGACGGUGACGUUCGGGCUGAACGCGCUCAAGGGCCGGAGGAAGGCCGCCGGCGGCAAGGACACGCUGUACUCCGGCGACUGGGACGCCCGGAACGCGCUCGACCUGAUGCGGUACACCGCCGGCAAGGGCUACCGCGUCGAGUCGUGGGAGCUCGGCAACGAGCUGUCCGGCAGCGGCGUCGCGGCGAGGGUGGCGGCGGCGCAGUACGGCCGCGACGUGGCGGUGCUGAGGAAGGCGGUGGAGCGUGUGUACGGCGGCGGCGGCGAGGUGCCGAAGGUGCUCGCGCCGGGCGGGUUCUACGACGGCGCGUGGUUCUCGGAGAUGCUGCGGGUGUCGGGGCGCGGCGCCGUCGACGGCGUGACGCACCACAUCUACAACCUCGGCUCCGGCAAGGACAGGGACCUGGCGAGGAAGAUGCAGGACCCGGGGUACCUCGACCAGGUGGAGAAGACGUUCCGCGACAUGGCGGCCACGGUGCGGGGCUCCGGGCCGUGGAGCUCGCCGUGGGUGGGCGAGUCCGGCGGCGCGUACAACAGCGGCGGGAAGGGCGUGUCGGACAGGUACGUGAACGGCUUCUGGUACCUCGACCAGCUCGGCAUGUCGGCGGCGCACGGCACCAGGGUGUACUGCCGCCAGGCGCUCGUCGGCGGCAACUACUGCCUCCUCAACACCACCACCUUCGUCCCCAACCCCGACUACUACGGCGCGCUGCUCUGGCACCGCCUCAUGGGCCCGGUGGUCCUCAAGGCGGCGACCACCGCCGGCGGCGGAGGUUCGCCGUACCUCCGGUCGUACGCGCACUGCUCGAGGGAGAAGCCGGGGGUGACGGUGCUCCUGAUCAACCUGUCGAACGCGACGGCGUUCGACGUGUCGGUGGCCGGCGGCGCGCUCGGCGCGGCGCCGUGCGGCGGGCGGAGGGAGGAGUACCACCUGAGCCCGCUCGGCGGCGACAUCCGGAGCCAGGUGGUGCUGCUCAACGGCGAGGCGCUGGCGCUCGGCCCGGGCGGCGAGAUCCCCGAGCUCCGGCCGGCCGUCGUCGGCGACGGGUGCGCGGCGCCGCUGCGCGUGGCGGCGCGCGGCAUCGCGUUCGUUAGGUUCACGGAAUUCAAGGCUCCCGCAUGCGCGGCCUAGCCGCCUAGGCUUAAUUAGCACGUGCUAGUAAUCGCGAGUUCGUAGAUUAUGCAGACAUGAACAACAUUUGCAUUGUAUCAUGAGUUUAAUCGUUUUUGAUAACUCUGAGAAAUGGAGACGUGGUUAUCAGCUUUGCUUCUGGUUU